AUGCUCGUCGACCGUGUCUUUCAAGCUUCAUGGUUGCUGGGUGCCGUCGUCGGGCUGGAGACGAGGUGGCUGCAGCAGCCUAUUGACCACAACAGUCCUGCCUCCGGUUCGUUUGCGCAGCGAUACUUAGUCGACUCGAAGGCCGACAAUGGUGGGCCUUUGCUGUUUUUCUGCGGCAACGAGGGUGAUGUGGAGGCCUUCGCGAACUUUAGCAAGUUCCUAAACGAGGCUGCAGCUGAUCUGCAGGGUGAGGUGGUUUUCGCAGAGCACCGCUUCUACGGCCAGAGCUUGCCCUUUGGCCCCGACUUCAGCCUGGAUCACAUCCGGUUCCUAACGGUUGAGCAAGCCUUGGCAGACUACGCCCGUCUCAUCACGUUUCUGACCGCCUCCAGACAGCGCAAAGUCGUUGCCUUCGGUGGCUCUUAUGGUGGUAUGCUGAGCAGCUGGAUGAGAGCAAAAUAUCCAUCGCUCGUGUUCGCUGCUGUAUCGUCCUCCGCACCUUUACACUUUGACCGAGUUGGCCCAUCCUUCUUUGGACUCGUGACGGAUGCCGCGGAGGAGAUGGACCCCGGCUGUGCUGACAGGGCGCGGAUGGGUUUCGCCGCACUCGAGGCAGCGAGUGCGAGUUCACUGCAGCAUGCUUUUGGGCUCUGCAGCCCACCGUUGGACGUCAACGAGCUGGUGUUAUGGGCGCGGAAUGCAUUCGUCACUGUGGCCAUGGGCAACUAUCCCUACGCAGGAGAUCUUUUCGGCAAAGGCCUGAAGGCUUGGCCACUGCGUGCAGCCUGCAGAGAGCUGCAUGGCUCUCACGAAAAGCCGCUGGAGUCCCUUGCGGCUGCUGUGGGCUCCUACUACAACGCUACAGGGAAGGCGCGCUGCCACAACAUCAGUCGAGAGUACCGCGACUGCGCUGAUCAGACCGGUUGUGGAACUGCCGAUGCCGCAUGGGGCCGCUCGUGGGACAUCGAAGCGUGCAGGCAGAUCGUGUAUUUUACAUCGACCAACAACGUGACGGACAUGUUCCCAGGAAGAGCUUGGGGCCUCAGAGAACUCUCCCAGUACUGCAGGGAUACCUGGCGGAUAGAACCGCUCUCCAACUGGUUCUUGCCCUGGUUGUCAUCUGUGAACAAUAGCAGCCGCAUCAUUUUCACCAAUGGCCUGCUGGAUCCAUGGCGUGGCGGUGGCGUGAUGCAGUCUCUUUCCAGCACGCUGGUCUCGCUGCAGAUCCCCGGAGGGGCCCACAUCUACGACUUGGCUGGCAGCCACGUGGACGAUGUUCCGGCAGUUCGCGCUGCCAGGCCUGGUCCAAGUUCAGUGCCCUUCGCGUGCCAGUUUGUCAUCCGCAUGGCCGUGGUACUAUGGAAGGCAACGCGUGCUGACCAUGCUCCGGCUGUGGUUGGGCUUAUUCGCAGUCUCCGCAAUCGCUCGUUGUUGCCGUGCGACUUCCUGAGAGAAGCCAUCUCGUCUUGA